AGUUUGAAACUUGAAAGUGAAGGUCUCAUAAUCUAAAUAAAAAAAAAAAAAAGUAAAAAACUCAGAUCCAAUUCACAAUACAUUCCAUGCUUCUUCUCAACUCCUUCACAACAAGAACCAGACCUUAUUAUUAUCAUCACUACUUGCUUUCUUCUCUUCGCCAUUGCUCUUCAACCUACUCUCGCUACACCUCCAUUCUCCAGUCCUGCAUCUCUCGCAAGGCCAUCGAUCCCGGCAAGCAACUCCACGCGCGUCUUCUCCUCUCUGGCCUUGGCUUUGACGCAAUCCUCGCCACCAAGCUCGUCAACCUUUACUCCGUUUGUAACCAUCUCCGUGAUGCCUACAACCUGUUUGAUAGAAUUCCCCAGAGAAAUGUGUUUCUUUGGAAUGUCCUCAUUCGUGGUUUCGCGUGGGAAGGGCCUCAUGAAAUGGCGCUCUCGUUGUACUACCGGAUGGUUGAGGCCGGCCUCCAGCCGGACAAUUUCACGUUCCCGUUUGUCCUUAAGGCAUGCUCGGCGUUGUCUGCGCUGGAAGUUGGUCGGGAGAUUCAUGAGCAUGUGGUGCGCUCGCGGUGGGACUCGGAUGUGUUCGUUGGCGCUGGGCUGAUCGAUAUGUAUGCUAAGUGUGGGUGUGUUGAUGAUGCACGACAAGUGUUUGAUAGAAUUACCGAAAGAGAUGUUGUGCUAUGGAAUGCUAUGAUUGCUGCUUACUCUCAGAAUGGACACCCUUCUGAUGCACUCUCUUUGUGCCAUGACAUGGCUAGAGAAGGUGUCGCGCCUACAGUCGCGACGUUGGUCACCGUUGUCUCAGCAUCGGCCGAUGUAGCAGCGUUGCCGAGAGGCAGAGAAAUUCAUGGUUACAGUUGGCGGAGAGGCUUCGAAGCACAAGACAAAGUGAAGACUGCACUCAUAGACAUGUAUGCGAAGAGUGGAUGGCUUAAGAUUGCAAGGACACUUUUUGAACAGCUUGCGGAGAGAAGGCUCGUCUCAUGGAACGCGAUGAUCGCCGGGUAUGCAAUGCACGGGCAUGCUAAUGAGGCGUUUGCUUUGUUUGACAGAAUGAAACAAGAGGCUGUAGUCGUGCCGGACCAUAUCACAUUUGUUGGAGUUUUAUCAGCUUGCAGUCAUGGUGGUCUCAUGGAUCAAGGAUGGAAGUUCUUCAACUCAAUGCAGGGUGAUUACUCUUUGAAGCCAUUGCCACAACAUUAUACUUGCAUGAUUGAUCUCCUUGGCCACUCUGGUAGGCUAGAUGAAGCCUACAAACUUAUCGGGGAGAUGACGAUGACACCGGAUUCUGGUGUGUGGGGUUCUCUGCUCAAUGCUUGCAAGAUUCACAGGAAUGUGGAAUUAGGAGAAGUAGCACUGGAGAAGCUGAUUGAAUUGGAGCCUGACAAUGCUGGGAACUAUGUGAUCCUGUCAAACAUCUAUGCACAAGUUGGUAAAUGGGAAGGCACUGCUAAAGUGAGGAAAAUGAUGACUGAGAGAGGAUUGAAGAAGAGCAUUGCAUGCAGUUGGAUUGAAGUGAAGAACAAAGUGCAUGCAUUCGUCGUCGGGGAUUUAUCUCAUCCAAGAUCUGAAGAGGUUUAUGAUGAGCUGGAGAGACUGGAAGGGCUGAUGAAAGAGGCUGGUUACGAGGCGGAGACGAUGCCUGUUUUUCAUGAUGUGGAGGACGAUGAGAAGAGGAACAUGGUGCGGAGCCAUAGCGAGCGGUUGGCAAUCGCCUUCGGGCUCAUUAGCACACCGCCGGGGAGUAGGUUGUUGGUGACCAAGAACCUGAGAGUGUGUGAAGAUUGUCAUGUGGUUAUCAAGCUCAUUUCAAAGAUUGUUGGGCGGGAGAUUGUUGUCAGGGAUGUCAAUAGGUAUCAUCACUUCAAGAAUGGACUAUGUUCAUGUGGAGAUUACUGGUGAAGUGAAGCAGAGAUUGUUUGAAGUUAAUGAUUAUUCUUUAUAUCUAAAUGUGAAAUUUUUAUUGCUAGCUAAUACAAAUGCAUUUCCCGAUGAUACUCAACUUCAUGGAGAUGUUGUUUCAUUAAAUACAUGGUUGA